GCAAACUGUGAACUAAAUGUCUCUGUUGUUGACAUCUGGUCGCUGUGUAAAUUUUAUUUCGAGCACAUACUCUUGUGAUAUCCUAGUUGUGAUUAAUUUCCAAAAAUUAUAAAAGCAACCUUUUAGAAUUUUACGUAUAGUGCUAUCAAAUAGAUGCAAAAAUAUAAUAAACAUCAUCGUGUGUGUUCAAUAAUACCGUGGCGAGCAAUCGACGCUUGUAACAAACAACUAUAAAACAAUAAAACAACAAUAUAAGAGCAAAAAGAACAACACACGCUUAUUGAAACCAAAUCACAUCGACACAAUACAAAUAAAUAUAUACAACACUACCCACACACACACUAUUACAACCGCACACACAAAGCCACACACACACAUAGAGGCGUACGUCUCACACCCAAACACACACACACACACAUCAACAACAUCACCAUCCUCAUCAUGGAGAUGAUAACGAUUGGCCAAAGCGUCAAAAUCAAACGCACCGAUGGCCGCGUCCAUGGCGCCGUUGUCUCCAAAUUGAAUUCAUCGGCUCGCUGCAUAACCGUCGAAUGGUACGAAAGGGGCGAGACCAAAGGCAAAGAGGUUGAACUGGAUGCCAUAAUUGCUCUCAAUCCGGAAUUGUCCACGCCCGACGCAGCGGUGGAGACGCAGCAUGCGGCUCCCGAGCCAAAGAAACAGGCAACAGCGCCCAUGAAUCUAUCACGUAAUCCCACACAAUCGACAAUUGGAGGUGGCGGAGGAGGUGGCGGAGGUGGUGGCGGACUAAACAAAAUCAACGAGACAAGCGGCAGUGGCGGUGGCGGCGCGGGACCAACACAUUUGGGUCAAAGUCAAAGCUAUGGCAACAUGUCGGCAGCGAACGCUGGCGGUGCAACCAGCGGUGUGGCAACCACCGGCAUGCUGCGGCAACGCUAUGCACCACAGGUCAGCACCAAUGCACCACAGACACGCAUCGCUUCCGCGAGCGCCAGCAAUGUCAACAACGAUCGUGCUGGCGGUGGCGGCGGAGGAGGAGGAGGAGGAGUCAGCAGUGGCGUUGGUGGCACCUCUGUCAACUCCACACUGACAAACAACUCGACAAACAAUUCAAUAAAUCCAGCUGCGGCGGGCUCACGUCGUUCGCAUGCCCUCAAGGAGGUCGAACGUUUGAAGGAGAAUCGCGAGAAGCGACGCGCUCGCCAAGCCGAGAUGAAGGAGGAGAAGGUGGCGCUGAUGAAUCAGGAUCCCGGUAAUCCCAACUGGGAGACGGCGCAAAUGAUACGCGAAUAUCAGAAUACGUUGGAAUUUAUUCCGCUCAUCGAUGGCCAGAUGGUCGAUGAUCAUCAGAUCACCGUGUGCGUGCGCAAGCGUCCGCUCAGUCGCAAGGAGCUCAAUCGGAAGGAGAUCGAUGUGAUUUCGGUGCCACGCAAGGAUGUCCUCAUGGUCCACGAACCGCGCACCAAAGUCGAUCUCACCAAAUUCCUGGAGAAUCACAAGUUCCGGUUCGAUUAUGCGUUCAACGACACUUGCGACAAUGCCGUCGUUUACAGAUACACAGCCAAGCCGCUGGUGAAGACCAUUUUUGAGGGCGGCAUGGCCACGUGUUUCGCCUAUGGCCAGACUGGAUCUGGCAAGACACACACCAUGGGCGGUGAGUUCAAGGGCAAGGUGCAGGACUGUAAGAAUGGCAUUUACGCCAUGGCGGCCAAGGAUGUGUUUGUCACAUUGAACGGUCCGCGCUAUCGUUCCCUCAAUUUGGUCGUUUCGGCCAGCUUCUUUGAGAUCUACAGCGGCAAGGUCUUUGAUCUGCUCGCCGAUAAGCAGAAGCUGCGCGUGCUCGAGGAUGGCAAGCAACAGGUGCAGGUCGUUGGCCUGACCGAGAAGGUCGUGGACAGCGUGGAGGAGGUGCUCAGUCUUAUCCAGCACGGCAAUGCGGCACGCACAUCGGGCCAAACGUCGGCCAAUUCGAAUUCAUCGCGUUCGCAUGCCGUAUUCCAAAUUGUGCUACGCCCCAUGGGCAGCACCAAAAUCCAUGGCAAAUUCUCGUUCAUCGAUCUGGCGGGCAACGAACGCGGCGUGGACACAUCGUCAGCGGAUCGUCAGACACGCAUGGAAGGUGCUGAGAUCAAUAAAUCACUGUUGGCACUGAAGGAAUGCAUUCGUGCCCUUGGCAAGCAAUCGGCACAUUUGCCAUUCCGUGUAUCAAAGUUGACGCAAGUUCUGCGCGAUUCAUUCAUCGGAGAGAAGAGCAAGACGUGCAUGAUUGCCAUGAUAUCGCCGGGAUUGAGCAGUUGUGAGCACACGUUGAAUACGCUACGCUAUGCGGAUCGUGUCAAGGAGCUGGUCGUCAAGGAUCUGGCCGAAAUUGGCGCUGGCGAUGCGGACCCCACUGAAACGAUUGAGGUGAUGGACGAUGACGAUGAGGGGGAGCUGGAUCAGCAACAGGGAGGCAUGGGCAUGGCCCAGCAUUCGUCGGCCAAUAUGCAUCAUAAUCAUCAUCAGGCGCUGCAGCGUGGUCACAACAAUAACAACAACAGCAAGAACGGAAACGCCGCCCACAUGGAUCUCGCCAUGCUGAGUUCGCUGAGCGAACACGAGAUGUCAGACGAACUGAUUGUGCAACAUCAGGCGAUUGAUGAUCUGCAGCAGACUGAGGAGAUGGUCGUCGAUUAUCAUCGUAAUGUGAACGCGACGCUGGAGAAUUUCCUAGCCGAAUCGAAGGAACUUUAUGAUUUAACAAACUAUGUGGACUACGAUCAGGAUGCGUAUUGCAAGAGGGGCGAAACGAUGUUCUCAACGCUCUUGGAUAUCGCCAUACAAUGUCGUGAUAUGAUGGCCGAAUAUCGCAACAAAUUGGCCAAGGAGGAGAUGUUGUCUUGCAAUUUUAAGCCACCAAAUAACAAGCGUUAGGCAAGUCCAAAACAAAAACAAAAGGCCCAACCGAUUAAAAUACAUAAAGCAACAUGAAAAAAAUAUAACACUAUUACAACAACAAUAACAAUAACACUGCAACAACAAAACAAUAACAAACGAAGGAUUAACAAGAGCAACAACAGCCAAAGUCCGGCUAUUUUCUUCUUUUUUCUCACUUAUAAAUUUAAAAUUUAUGCCCAAUUUUUAAGCUCUUCCUUCAAGUGCUUAAACAUGGCAACUAGUUUUCUUUUAUCGACAUUUUCGUUAAAUUUCCAUAGUUUUAUUAGCCGGAAUUUGCAUGUUGUUGACAAGAGGUAAAAGCACCCACACACACACACACAACUACACACACUUAACCACACUCACGUACACACUCACCAAUCAAAUCAAAAAAAGAAGAAAUCUUUUACCUCUCCAAUCACAAUUAGUAUGUAUUUUUUUUUAUAUAAUGUUUUGGAUCAUUUUUUGAAUUGCACCCAAUAAAAAUUUCAUGUUAUCAUUUUAUAUUAACGAAUUUUCUGCAUUAUUCAAAAAACAUCCGUUUCAUAUAAAAUUGCAAGCUUGCUGUUAGUAGACAAGGACAGCCAGCUGCAGUUUGCACUUCACUCAUUCACUCGCUCGCUCACACGAAACAUUCACACUCUCUCACGGUCUGUCUCUCUUCUCAUACUAACUCGUUCACACACACAUACAGCACCCAACACACAAAUAUGCAUACAUAUGUAUGUAAACUGAGUCAAGCUUAAUGAAAAAGCAAUAAAAUUAAAUGACAAAUUGUCCCGCAAAAAGCGAAGAGAAAACUAUAUUAAAAGACAACAGCAAAAUUUAAAUAUUAAUUAAUUAAAAACAUGUUUAUCAACUUCUAAGCAAAUGCAGCAAAAGAGAAACAUAUAGAGGAGAGAAUAUUAAUCAUGGCGGCGUUUAUUUUGUUUAGUUUGUGUGAAUGUGAAAGCAAUGAUAAAGAGAAAGAAAAGGGAAAGAAAAAGACAUUUAUUUUAUACAAUAAAAACACAUUUAUUAUAUGGAUACUAUAAUAUACAUACAUAAUUCUUAACACAUAUUUUAAAUGAUAUGAGAUUCCAUUACGAUGAUUCUGACUACAUUUUACAACUAUUUGAUAAUUACACACACACACACACACAUGCAUUGUAUUUAUUUGAAAAGGCCACAAAAACUGUAUUUAAUUUGUAUUAAUUUAUUAGAAAACAAAACGAAGAAAAUACUACCCGCACCAAAACCAAUUUACCUAUGUAUUGCUAUAUAAUUUUUAUACUUAUUUAACAUUUAAACAAAACCAACAACACCUAAACAUUAAAAACUAAAAGAGCUGAAAUGAAAUGAAUUUUUGAGAAACGCCAUUUUCCAGUUGAGCUUUUUUCUUAUUGUUUGUUUUGUUUUUAGUUUUUUUUUUUACAUUUUUUUUUAUAUCAUGUUUAAGCAACGAGGACUUUUGAUUGAAACAAUUUAAGUGCAGUUGAGAUUGGAGAUAUGUUUUUUGCAUUUCUUUCGUAGCAUAUAAUUUAUAUACUAAUAUUUAUUUUACAUUUAAUUCUCAUCUAACAAAGACGAAUAAAAAACCACGAAAAACACUCACACACACACUGAUACAAUGAAUACAAAACUCUCUGCUUAUAAGAUACAAAAAUGAAAAAGAUAAAAAAAACCAAACAUAAACCUUAAAUGGAAAAGUCAAGAAAAAUGUUGUAGCUUAGCCUUAUCAUGCAUAUGUGUGUUCUAACAUUCAUAUGUAUGCGCUUCUCUUAAGAUACUUAACCAAUCCAAAACAAAAAAAAAAACAAAAACAAGAAAAAAAUGUUUAACUAUUCUGUUAUUUGAUUGCAUUUCUCAAGAGCACUAAAAGAUAACCCACAGAAAAUGGGCAAGAAAAAAAGAAGUCCUACUUA